UGCUCCAGCAACCACCACCAUAACUUCGAUAUGAUCUAAUCUAUCAGCUCCCUAAGGAGGCAAAAAUGAGCUGCGCCGCAGCGAGCAAAGCCCUAGAGAAAGCAUUGGGGCUGGCCGUCGUUCUAGGGAUUCUCUCCCUCUUCCUGUAUAACUUCUCCGACCUCCAUCCCAAGCUCUUCCACCGCCACCUUCUUCAUCGCACUAGCAGGAAUCGGGCUCCUUCCAGGAGAGAACGGAGCGGAAGAGUCGUCAAUGGCGGCGGUGGCUGGCAGUUGGUGAAAGAGGAAUUCACCUUUCAGGAAGGCUCUGCUCCUUUUAACAGUUGCCAUGCCUCGACGAUCGUCGAGAUCGAACGGGACAGAUUGCUGGUGGCUUACUUUGGGGGAAGCGCAGAAGGAGCUCCAGAUGUUAAGAUUUGGCUGCAAAACUACAGCGAUGGUUGCUGGUAUCCCCCUUCAGUUGCAGAUGAAGAACCAGAGGUACCUUUGUGGAAUCCAGUGUUGUUUCAGCUUCCUUCUCGUGAGCUGCUAUUGUUUUACAAGAUUGGCCAGGAAGUUCAGAAAUGGAGUGGAAGCAUGAAGCGAUCUCUUGAUGAUGGGAUUACUUGGUCAGAAAGACAACAACUUCCUCCUGGAAUUAUUGGCCCAUCGAAGAACAAGCCUAUCUUGCUCGAGGAUGGCCAACUGCUCUGCGGAUCCUCUGUAGAGAGCUGGAACUCUUGGGGAGCUUGGAUGGAGAUUACAGCCGAUAAGGGUCAUUCAUGGAAGAAAUAUGGACCUAUAUACAUUGAAAAUGAAACCCUAGGAGUUAUUCAACCUGUGCCAUACCAGACUGCAAGUGGUGAUUUAAGAGUGCUGCUCAGGUCCUUUGAAAAUAUCUCCAAAGUUUAUAUGUCUGAAUCAGUUGAUGGGGGUUUUAAUUGGAGCUUGGCAGAACCCACUCAACUUCCAAAUCCAAAUUCAGGGAUUGAUGGAGUAAAAUUGAGAGAUGGUCGCCUGAUACUAGCUUACAACACCAUAUCUAGGGCAGAGCUCAGAGUUGCUUGCUCUGAGGAUGAUGGUGAUAACUGGUAUGAUAUUUUAACACUAGAAGAAACUGAAGGGAUGGAGUUCUCUUACCCUGCUGUGAUCCAGACCAUCGAUGAGCUCGUCCAUAUCACCUACACCUACAACAGGACGCAGAUUAAGCAUGUUGUUCUACAGCCCAGCAUACUAUUGUAAGUCUAUAAUCAGGAAAUCCUCUUCUACGCAAUAACUAGGAAAUACAGAGUGAAAGCAGCUAUAUCUGAUUAUUGUAUUUCUUAUGUGCGAGCUGUGAGGCAUCUCUCAGAUGCUGGAGA